AUGACUCUUUACUACAGUCUUGUAUUCCUUCUCUUGGUGUUCGAGAUGGCGGUCUUCUUGGCCCUCAUCGUCCCUCUGCCGUUCACCAUCAAGCGAAAGCUCUUCGCUUUCAUUUCCGAAAGUCCGAUCAUAGCAAAACUACAGUAUGGCUUGAAGAUUACAUUCAUCUUCAUUCUCAUCCUGUUCAUUGACAGCGUCAACCGUGUCUACCGGGUGCAGCAGGAGCUGGCUUCCUUCUCCAAGGAUGGCACUUCGAUUGGCGCUGCCCACCUUGGUGUCGACCGUAUGGAGGUGCAGGCCCGCAAGUUCUACUCGCAGCGUAACAUGUACCUGUGCGGCUUCACUCUCUUCCUCUCCCUGAUUCUCAACCGCACCUACAUCAUGAUUCUGGAGGUUCUUCGCCUUGAGGACCGUGUUAAGCUGCUCGAGGGUGACAAGAAGGCCGGCGGUAAGGACUCUGCCCGCCUCGCCGAGGCUGGCUCGGUUGGUGAGAUUGGCUCUCUGAAGAAGCAGCUGGCGGAGAAGGAACGUGAUAUCGAGACUCUCAAGAAGCAGUGCGAGGGCCUGACCCGCGAAUACCACAAGCUCGGUGAUGAGGUCUCCUCUGGCAAGAGCGAGAAGGGCGAGAAGAAGGACCUGUAA